AUGUCACGACCGAGCAAUAUUGCGCGCCUUUCCCUUCUUUUCAUCGCAUUCGUUUCCUGCGCAUCAUUUGCGUUAGCUUCUUCGCCCGCAUCAUUUUGUAAAUGCACCUGCUUCUCGAACAGUACCAUCAUCCCUCUCGAUCCUGAUAAAGGAGGCUCAUCGUCAUUCAACAAUGCCUUCCAUUUUCUUACUCGCAGCGAAGACAUCGAUCCAUCGAAUGAGAAAAGAGCUGGCAACUAUCGUUCAUUAAGUUGCAAUGACUGCAAUCGAAAGUUUUGCCUAGGUUACGACUUGCCGACCUGCAAGGGUGCGAAAGAGGAGGAUGUCUUUACAACGUGUUUUCAAAGGGACUCGAGGAAAGACGAGGCGAUCGUGUUCAUUUUUAUAAUUGCGACGGGCGGGCUUUUAAUAUGGGCUGUCUUCAGACCCUGGGUGCAAAAAUGGAUUGAGGCUGCGCGAGAACGACGGUCCUACAUGCCAGUUUCCGAGAGUCCGCGACUCUAA